GAUUGGCCGCUCCGAACAGCGGCGCGUUUCUUUCCUCUGCUGGAGCUGAACGGCUGAAAACUUUCAAAACAUUCCCACGGAGACGAGCUGGAGACGCUCUGCACUUCACUUUCGACUCGUUUAAGGAGAUUUUAAGCCUGUAAUGGGUUCUCAGUGGAUCCAGUGGAUCUGCUCUCCAGGAACAUGGAGCUUAUUCCUCCUGCUGAUCACUCUCUCACUGCUGUAUGGAUACUGGUCCAAACGUUUACUGAGAAGUUUAGGAAUUCCUGGACCAAAACCUCUUCCUUUCUUUGGAACCAUAUUUGAGUACAGGAAGGGUUUCCAUGGCUUUGAUAUGGAGUGCUUUAGAAAGUACGGCAGAGUUUGGGGUGUAUAUGACGUAAGGCAGCCUGUGAUCUGUGUUAUGGACAAAGACGUCAUUAAAGCCGUGCUGGUUAAAGAGUGCUACUCCCUCUUCACCAACAGACGAGAUUUUGCUUUGAAUGGUGAGCUGUACGAUGCCUUGACCGUCGUGCAUGACGAUGACUGGAAGAGAAUCCGGAGCGUUCUCUCUCCGUCCUUCACCAGCGGAAGACUGAAGGAGAUGUUCGGGAUCAUGAAGAUGCACUCCAGUACCUUAUUAAAGAACCUGCAGAAGAUUGCAGAACAAGGAGGAACAGUGGAAGUGAAAGAGGUGUUUGGACCGUACAGUAUGGACGUGGUGACCAGCACAGCCUUCAGCGUCGACAUCGACUCCCUUAACAACCCCAACGACCCUUUUGUGACCAACGUGAAGAAGCUGACUCUGAACUUCCUCAGCCCAGUCUUCCUCAUCGCUGCUCUCUUUCCCUUCACGAUGCCCCUGCUGGAGAAAAUGAACUUCACGUUUUUUCCGCCGGCAGUGACUGGUUUCUUUUUUGCUGCUCUGCAGAAGAUCAAGGCUGAUCGACAGGAUAAGGACCACAAGAGCCGAGUGGACUUCCUCCAGCUGAUGAUCGACUCUCAGAGAACAGAUACAGGAGAAGAUGGUAAACAGACAGACAAAGGUCUGAGUGACCAUGAGAUCCUGUCCCAGGCCAUGGUGUUCAUCUUCGCUGGGUAUGAGACGAGCAGCAGCACGCUGUCCUUCUUCUUCUACAACCUGGCCACCAACCCGGAGGUACUGAAGAAACUUCAGGAGGAGGUCGACCGAACUUUCCCCAAUGAGGGUCCAGUUCAGUAUGAUGCCCUGAUGAACCUGGACUAUCUGGAAGCCGCUCUGAAUGAAUCGAUGAGGUUGUACCCUGUCAUUCCUCGAGUUGAGAGACUUUGCAAGAAAACUGUGGAGAUCGGUGGUCUCACCAUCCCUAAAGGAACCGUCGUGGUGAUUCCCACUUAUGUCCUCCAUCGAGACCCUGAAUACUGGCCUGAUCCAGACACCUUAAUUCCUGAGAGGUUCACUAAGGAGAAUAAGGAGAGUAUAGACCCCUACAUGUUCAUGCCUUUCGGUGCUGGACCCAGGAACUGUAUCGGAAUGAGGUUUGCUCUUCUGGCCAUGAAGCUGGCCAUCGUAGAGACACUGCAGAGGUUCGAUGUCAGCGUUUGUGAUGGAACUCAGGUUCCUGUGGAGCUGGGUUCUUCUCCUCUGCUGACCCCUACAAAACCCAUCACGCUCAGAUUCACCCCUCGAACUGCGUCCCGCUACAGAAACACACACCACAACGGCUAAUUUACAACCUUGACAACUUCAGUUGUAAAUAUAGACUGUUUAAUAAUGAUUAAUAUACAUCAGUUUCAUUUAAUUAUAUUCAUUUUAUACUCAUUUUUAUAUUACCUCAGCAAUAAGUGUAUGAAUAUUACCUCAACUCUGUGAAGAUGCCUCCAGACCUCGGCAGUAAUGGAGUUUUAUUGAGUUUGUUUUCACUUGAAUCUCAUUGUUUUUGACUCUUUUUAUAAAAUUUUACUGAAUAACUGAAAAUAUUGAUGUCUGUAUAGACUCGGAUUAAUGUUGGACAUCAGUACUAAUCACAGGUGAGAGGUUCAGUAGCCAGUUGCAGCAGCUGAAUGUACAUUUGAUUGUAAGUUAGGGGGUAAGGGGGUUGCACAUUGUGACAACAACGAGUCUUAAUGAUAAAGCACACAUUUAAAAAGAUGGUUUUCAAGGGUUCUGUAAUAAAGAAAAAAGUUCUCUGUAGAACCAUGAACGCUUAAAGAACACUGCAUGAUUAAAGGGCUCUUUGCAUUGUGAGACACAUUGCUGUAGAGGCUUUUAUAAAGAACCUUUUUUGAAAAGCGUUCUAUAGAACACCAAAAAGAGUUGCGAUGUCAAGCUUGUAACAAUAGAAGAACCCUUUUUGGUGUUCUAUAGUGUACAAAGCCAGACUUUCCAAUCAUUUGAUGUUUGUUAAUCUUCAGAAAAACAGACUUAACAUGCUUAAAAGUCUUAACUGUACAAAAAACCUUCAUUCUGAAUGGCAGUUGAUGGAACCAGAUUUUUAAAGAGUAAAGUUGGAGCAUUUCUAUUGAUCCAUUCAUGAUGAAAUUUUAACCAUAGCAGCAGCCAAGCAACACAUUAGCAACCACUUGGUAUACCACAGCAACGGUCAAGCAACACCUUAGCAACCCCAUGGGAUACCAUUGCAUUGGCCAGGCAACACCUUAGCAACCACCUGGGAUACCAUAGCAGCAGCCAAGCAACACAAUAGCAACCACCUGGGAUACCAUAGCAAUGGCCAAGCAACACCUUAGCAACCACCUGGGAUAUCAUUGCAUUGGCCAAGCUUUACUUUAGUAACCAACAGGGAUAACAUAGCAUUGGCCAAGCAACACAAUAGCAACCUCCUGGGAUACCAUAGCAUUGGCCAGGUAAUACCUUAGCAACCACCUGGGAUACCAUAGCAAUGGCCAAGCAACACAUUA